CAUCCAAAUCUUGAAUUUUGCAUUUUACUAAUAAAUUAUCACAUUAAAAAGCUAAAAGUGUAUAUUUUUAUGAUAAAAUUGAUAUAAAAUAGUCAUAAAAAGAAGUACAACAUUUUUGUUAAUAUACAUUCUGCACUAAUAAAGCACGUAUCAUGUCGCAUGUUACCGACAUGAAAGUUAUUUUGUCUAGGUUGUAUUCUCUGAAAAAUGGACUAUCAUCAAUCCGCAUAAAUGCGAGAAAUUUUAGUAAUAACAUUAGCAAACCCUCUCAGUUAUUGCAAAAAGAGAGUGUGACACCUCUUCCACCUCUUUCGGAGCCCAUGCCAAAUCUACCACCUGUAGUGUAUGCUUCUGCCAAGUCAGAAGAGUAUACUACAGAGGUAACAGUACUAAGCAAUGGAUUGAGAGUGGCAUCAGAGAAGAAAUUUGGACAGUUUUGUACUGCCGGUGUUGUCCUUGAUUCUGGUCCACGAUAUGAAGUUGCUUAUCCUAAUGGCAUUUGUCACUUUCUUGAAAAGUUGAGCUUUGGAGCAACAAACAAGUUCCCGUCACGAGAUGUAAUGCUUCGUGAGUUAGAGAGGCAUGGUGGAAUCUGUGACUGUCAGGGGUCUCGUGAUACCACCGUGUACGCCACUAGCGCCGACUCCAGAGGAUUAGAGGCUAUUACGCAGGUGCUAGCGGAAGUCACAUUGAGACCCCAAUUGACUCCUGAAGAGGUGGAGGCAGCCAGACAGGCUGUUGCUUUUGAACUGGAAACACUGGCCAUGAGGCCCGAGCAGGAGACUAUUUUAAUGGACAUGAUACACUCAGCUGCCUACAGGGAAAACACACUGGGUCUACCAAAGAUUUGUCCAUCAGGAAAUGUAAACAAAAUAGACAGGAAUAUUAUUAUGAAUUAUCUGCAAAAUCACUACACUCCAGACAGAAUGGUUGUGGCUGCUGUUGGGGUGGAACAUGAAAAAUUUGUUGAGUAUGUCCAAAAGUAUUUUGUUGACACAAAACCGACGUGGCACUCUGAAAGUUCAGGCGAAUUCAAACCAUUAACAGACAAAUCAAUAGCUCAAUACACAGGAGGUAUAGAACAGGAAGAAUGUGAAAUCCCAUUGUAUCCAGGGUCUGAUUUACCAGAAUUAUCGCAUAUUGUAAUAGGAUUGGAAAGUUGUUCGCACGGUGACCCGGACUUCGUAGCGACGUGCGUGCUCAACAUGAUGAUGGGCGGCGGCGGCUCCUUCUCGGCCGGCGGGCCCGGCAAGGGCAUGUACACGAGACUUUACACCAACGUACUUAACAGAUAUCACUGGAUGUUCAACGCGACGGCGUACAACCACGCGUACGGCGACACGGGCCUGUUCUGCGUGCACGCCGCGUCGCCGCCCGCGCGGCUGUACGACACCACGCUCGUUAUAGCGCGAGAACUGGCCGCUAUGGCGGGGAAGGUCGGCGAGAAUGAGCUUAGGCGAGCGAAAACGCAGCUGCAGUCGAUGCUGCUGAUGAAUCUCGAGGCGCGGCCGGUGGUGUUCGAGGACGUCGGUCGGCAGGUGCUCGCCACCGGCAAGAGGAAACCACCAUCGUUCUUCAUUAACGAAAUUGAAAAAAUAACCGCAGAGGACAUCGUUCGCGUGGCGAAGCGGAUGUUAAGUAAUAAACCGGCGGUUGCAGCGAGAGGCAAGCUGGCCCAUCUGCCGUCAUUUGAUGAGAUCCAAGCGAACAUGAUAGGUAGCAACACAGCGCCGCAAGGCCGAAGAUUAAACUUAUUCCGCGCUUAGUAUUAUUCCAGAAUUUAUUAUUAUUAGCAACAAAUAAAUUUCGUCUAUAUUUA